AUUGGGAACGUAAUUUAUGUAUGUAUAUGCGUGAUUUGGUAAUAGUUUUGUGAGAGAGAUGGAUUUACUGGGGAAGUUUGAUCCAAAAUUGUAAACUUGAUUUAGCUGGCAAGAGGAUAAAAUGGGUAUAUCCGAUGGAUCAUUUAUUGUUAAUUUAUUAUGUAAACAUGGGUCUCUGAAUAAUGUUGAUUUUAGUCUGUAUCUGGGUGAUUUUAGACGACAUGGGAAACUCUAUGUGCAUGAUGUGCAGGAAAGACGGGAUGUUUUUCAACUCAGCCACUGAGGAGUUGGAUGCCUACUAUCCUAUUAGACCUGAAUGCCUAGCUGAUGUUGCCAAGACCAGAUUUAAGGCCAGGGUAGGCAAGACUCUUAGUCCAAGAAGAUGGAAUGCAGCAUUUUCUCAAGAUGGCCAUUUGGAUAUAGCUGGUGUUCUCAGGAGAAUCCAAAGAGGGGGGAUUCAUCCUACAAUUAAAGGGGUAGUCUGGGAGUUCUUGUUGGGAUGUUAUGAUCCCAACAGCACAUUUGAUGAAAGGAAUGAAGUCAGGGAGCGGAGAAGGGAACAGUAUGCUGCAUUGAAAGCUGUAUGUCAAAAGAUGGAACCCACCAUUGGCAGUGGAAAGUUCAUCACAACAGCUAUAAUCUCUGAUGAUGGCUGCCCAGUGCAAGAUGCUUCCGCUGACGCUAACACAGAAGAUAAUAAUGGUGCCAUGUCAAAUAGUGGCCCUUCAGAUGAAAGGGAGAUCCAGUGGAAGCUUAGCCUGCCUCAAAUUGGUUUGGAUGUUGUCCGGACUGAUCGUACUCUUGUAUUUUAUGAAGAUGAAGCUAAUCAGGCAAAGCUCUGGGAUGUUCUAGCUGUCUACACUUGGAUGGACAAAGACAUUGGGUAUGUUCAAGGCGUCUUACCCGUUUGUAUGGUUAUCCUUCUUGAAAAUGAAGCAGAUGCCUUCUGGUGUUUCGAACGUGCAAUGCGUAGACUAAGAGAAAAUUUCAGGUGCACCACAACUUCUAUGGGAGUGCAAUCGCAACUGGGUACGCUUGCCCAAAUUAUUAAAGCCAUUGACCCAAAGCUCCAUAAUCACCUUGAGGAGGUGGAUGGUGGGGAAUAUUUGUUUGCCAUUCGUAUGCUAAUGGUUCUUUUCCGAAGGGAGUUCUCAUUUGUGGAUGCAAUGUAUCUCUGGGAGGUCAUGUGGGCCAUGGAGUAUAAUCCAAAUAUCUAUUCGCUGUAUGAGGAGUCAAGUGAGCCUGGCAGUGUAAAAAAUGGUGAAAAAGUAAAUAACAAGAUGCUCAAGCAGUAUGGAAAGUUUGAGAGAGAAAAUAUGAAAACUGGAUGGACAGACCAGAGAGGUGCCCUUGCUGUUUUCCUUGUUGCUAGUGUACUUGAAAAGAAGAAUAAGCAACUUCUGAAAGAGGCUCAAGGCCUGGACGAUGUCGUCAAGAUCUUGGGCGAAAUCACAGGAAAUUUGGAUGCCAAAAAAGCACUAAAAGAGGCACUGAAAAUUCACAAGAAGUAUUUGAGCAAGGCAAAGCAACCAGAGUAACCACUUGUGCAGUGUGGCAGCUAGUUUCUUUUUAUCUUUUUUGUUUCUUUAUUUGUUGUAUUUUUUGUAUCCAUUCUUUUUGAGUUGUGGAAUCAACUUUUCUUGGUAGAUAGGCAUUUGUCAUGGAUCGUCCCUAGUCGUUGUAUUGCACACAGCUCUUUGUAAAAGAAAUCAACCCUCAGAUCAACCCGGUUAUUGUAAUUGUCUAUAGUAACACCCGUUCUGUUAUACAGUUGAAUCUGAGAUUUUGAUGAUAGGAAUGUAAAUUGAACCCAGCCAAAUUGAACUGGCUAAUUAAAGAAUCACAAUCUUUCUCUUCUUUCCUUUUC